UCCACCAGGAAGUUACAACUAAUUCAUUCAGUUCGUGUGGUGGCGUUACAAGCGGUUACGACUCUUCCUUUUUCAACAUGCGUAGAAGAACCGAAGCCCCAGCAUCCAGCAACGAAGCCGUCAAUGCCGACAGAAAGGAUCCCGAUAAGAGGCGGCACAGCCCGGCUGAAGGCAGAGUGUCUUACGGCUCCGUGCUCAUGACCAUUGGAAAGUGUUUUCUCUUGAUCAUCUUCAUCCCUCCGUUUCUCAACUAUGCAUCGCUGCAGAGAGAAGGACAGAUGCUCUUCCCUAAAGAUGGCCAGGUUGUUGAUGUCGGUUUGGGUCAAAAAAUGCAUCUUUUGUGUAAAGGACAAGGACAACCAGUAGUCAUACUGGACGCACCGACUGGAAUGUCCUCGGACGUUUGGUUGCAUGUCCAGGAAAGUGUGGCCACACUAACAAAGGUCUGCACCUUUGACAGAAUGGGACUGGGCUUCAGCAAGCGGCUGCUGGCGAAUGAAACCACGGGAACCGAGAAGGUUUGGGGGAUGUCGACGACUGGACGGAUGGUGGAUGAUCUGCACCGACUCCUGCAGGCCGCUGCGAUAGCCACGCCCUUCAUCCUGGUGGGCUCGGAGCUCGGCGCGCUCAACGGCAGGUUCUACAGCCACAUUCACGACGUGCAAGUGUCGGACCUGGUGCUGAUCGAUCCCAUCCCAGAGGACAUUUUCGAGGACGACCAGUGGACGGAGUACUGGUAUGGUAAGCUGUUGCCCUCGCUCCAAGCCAGCCAGUUUUCAGCUGCUUCGGGGCUGAGCCGCAUGCUGAUCAUCCUCGGGGUGAUCGAACCCUCUGUGAAAGGGGAAAAUGUUUCAGAGGAGGUCAUCCAGCGUCAGAAAUACCUGCUGAGUAACCCGGCCCACCAGAGCGGUGCUGUGGAUGAGCAUUACUUUCUGAAUGAAAGUGCAUCUCAAGUGAGGGAUAUCACAAAGUUUAAGCCCCUCUCCAGCAGGACAUCAGUGAGCGUGAUCACCGGCGAUUCCUUUGACCAGGAAAUACCAGAACAUCUAAACCAGAUGGUCGCCGAGCUUCAAAAGAAGUUUCUGGAGGAGUCCUACCCGUCAGCCAAUCACAUUCACAUAAAAGGAGCCGACCGGCGAAUGAUCUACAAGAAGCCAUCUGCCAUCAGCCAGCACCUGAGGAAGCUCGUCAACCGACGACAAGCCAAACAGCAGAGCGAGUGACCCGUGGCCAACGUGCAACAAUAGCGCAGACACGGACAGGCUAAAUCAUUGGAUAUGUUUUAAAUAUUCAAUAAAGUAUUUCAAGUUAUCUUAUUUUUUAAAAUUUAUUUAUUUAAUUUAUUUUGGUAAUUUUGUCCCUUGCAGCAAUCGGUAGAGAUUGUGUUCAUGUCUGGUGAGGUUCAUCAAAGUCCAUUUUUGCUCACUGGAAUUGAAAAUAACUGGAGGGUUAUUCAGUGCGAUGACAUAUUUGCUGUCUUAGUCAGGAAAUCUUAUCUUUUUUUCAAGUUGUUAUUUCAGUCUCUGGCCAGAGACACAAAAUUAAUACAUUACUCCUUAUCAAUGUAAAGGCCACACACACACACACACACACGCCACUGCUCAUUUUAUCUCAUUCGGUUAAGUCUUAAUAUCCCGCCUGGUUGUAGCCACAGGGAAAGGUGCAUCGAGUUCCUCGCUGUCUCUCUUGCGUCAGCGUCAUUUGUCACUCGCAUAUAAUUGAGUCGCGUCACAGUUGUAGACCUCCAUCUUUGGGCUUUUUAAUCCGCGAACAGAUGAGUCUGGCCUGCAAAGCGGUGUUUUUUUUGUAAAUCCGUCUUUCGUGUACGUUUUUUUUGCGUCUGUUUUUAGCUGCGCUGAGCUCACCGGUGUGUGUGUGUGGACUGUUUGGAUGAAAGAAAGAGCAGACGGCAUUGGUUUAUCCUGAGGAUUUAAGUUUAAUUAUGACACCACAUCAAAAUAAAAAUUUCCAACAGAUCUGGAAUUUAAUUCCAUCCAUAUACAUGCAUAGCAACAACGUUUUAAGAAACAUUUUCUCCCAUAAUCAGGACAUUGGAAUGAUCAUUUUACAUCAGUAUCCCCACUGACCUCCCACCCAUCUUGUUCACCGGCAAUAAACGUAAUUCUUGUA